AUGAGCCCGAGCGGAGCCGAACGGGCCCGAGGGACGGUGCCGGAGAUUCCCGAGCGGAGCCGAACGAGCCCGAGCGGAGCCGAAUGGGCCCGAGGGACGACAAGCUCCUUUCCUGUGAUCCCGCCCCCUGGCCCGGCCUCUGGCUCUGACCUGUGGCCACUUCCCCCAGGCCAGCGCAAGCCAGCCACGUCCUAUGAGAAGACGACCAUUAACAAGAACGCCCGGGCUACGCUCAACAGCCUGCGCCACAUCAUCCGCAAGAACAACUACCGCAAGGAUCUGCGCAUGGCUGCCCUGCGCCGCGCCAGCGCCAUCCUGCGGAGCCAGAAGCCGGUGGUGGUGAAGAAGAAGAGAACCCGGGCUACCAAGACUGCGUGAAUGGCUAGCACGUCCCAAUAAAGGGUUCAAACUAG